AUGGCGGCGGCGGCGGCGGCGGCGGCGGCGGCGGCGGCGGCCGCGGCCUCCUCGGGCAGCCCCGGCGCGGGCGAGGGCCCGGCGGGCGGCGACAAGCGCGGCGCGGCGUCCUCGGCCGCGGGCUCGGCGGCGGCGGCGGCGGCGGCGGCGGGCGCGGCGGGCGCGGCGGCGGCGUCGCCCGCGGGCGGCGGCGGCGAGGCGCUGGAGCUGCUGGAGCACUGCGGCGUGUGCCGGGAGCGCCUGCGGCCCGAGCGCGAGCCGCGCCUGCUGCCCUGCCUGCACUCGGCCUGCGGCGCCUGCCUCGGGCCCGCCGCGCCCGCCGCCGCCAACAGCGCGGGGGACGGCGGCGCGGCGGGCGACGGCGCCGUGGUGGACUGCCCGGUGUGCAAGCAGCAGUGCUUCUCCAAGGACAUCGUGGAGAACUACUUCAUGCGCGACAGCGCCGGCAAGGCCGCCGCCGACUCGCAGGACGCCAACCAGUGCUGCACCAGCUGCGAGGACAACGCCCCGGCCACCAGCUACUGCGUGGAGUGCUCCGAGCCGCUGUGCGAGACCUGCGUGGAGGCGCACCAGCGCGUCAAGUACACCAAGGACCACACCGUGCGCUCCACCGGGCCGGCCAAGUCGAGGGACGGAGAGCGCACCGUGUACUGCAGCGUGCAUAAGCACGAGCCGCUUGUGCUGUUCUGCGAGAGCUGUGACACCCUUACUUGCCGGGACUGCCAGCUCAAUGCCCACAAGGAUCACCAGUACCAAUUCUUGGAGGAUGCAGUGAGGAACCAGCGUAAGCUCCUGGCCUCACUGGUGAAGCGCCUUGGGGACAAGCAUGCAACGCUACAGAAGAACACCAAGGAGGUUCGCAGCUCAAUCCGCCAAGUGUCUGACGUACAGAAGCGGGUGCAGGUGGAUGUGAAGAUGGCCAUCCUGCAGAUCAUGAAGGAGCUGAAUAAGCGGGGCCGUGUGCUGGUCAAUGACGCCCAGAAGGUGACGGAGGGGCAGCAGGAGCGCCUGGAGCGGCAGCAUUGGACCAUGACCAAGAUCCAGAAGCACCAGGAACACAUCCUGCGCUUCGCCUCCUGGGCGCUGGAGAGUGACAACAACACAGCUCUCCUUCUCUCCAAGAAGCUGAUCUACUUCCAGCUGCACCGGGCCCUCAAGAUGAUCGUGGACCCUGUGGAGCCCCACGGCGAGAUGAAGUUCCAGUGGGACCUGAACGCCUGGACCAAGAGCGCAGAGGCUUUUGGCAAGAUCGUGGCGGAACGUCCUGGCACCAACUCGACGGGCCCUGCCUCCAUGGCCCCUCCACGGGCCCCAGGGCCCCUGAGCAAGCAGGGUUCUGGCAGCAGCCAGCCCAUGGAAGUCCAGGAAGGCUAUGGCUUUGGAUCAGACGACCCUUACUCCAGCGCAGAGCCCCACGUGUCAGGCGUGAAACGGUCCCGCUCAGGUGAGGGUGAGGUGAGCGGCCUCAUGCGUAAGGUGCCACGAGUGAGCCUCGAGCGCCUAGACCUGGACCUCACGGCUGACAGUCAACCUCCAGUCUUCAAGGUUUUCCCAGGCAGCACCACUGAGGAUUAUAACCUCAUCGUCAUUGAGCGGGGGGCCGCUGCGGCUGCUGCGGCUGCUGGCCAGCCUGGGACUGCGCCCCCUGGGACCCCUGGAGCCCCUCCUCUGCCUGGCAUGGCCAUCGUCAAGGAGGAAGAGACCGAGGCUGCUAUCGGAGCACCCCCUGCUGCCACCGAGGGCCCAGAGACCAAGCCUGUGCUCAUGGCCCUGGCGGAGGGUCCUGGUGCCGAGGGCCCCCGCUUGGCCUCCCCCAGUGGCAGCACCAGCUCCGGCCUGGAGGUGGUGGCUCCAGAGGGUACUUCAGCUCCCGCCGGUGGCCCUGGUGCUCUGGACGACAGCGCCACCAUCUGCCGUGUCUGCCAGAAGCCAGGCGACCUGGUCAUGUGCAACCAGUGCGAAUUCUGCUUCCACUUGGACUGCCACCUGCCCUCCCUGCAGGACGUGCCGGGGGAGGAGUGGAGCUGCUCUCUCUGCCACGUGCUGCCUGACCUGAAGGAGGAGGACAGCAGCCUGAGCCUGGAUGGCGGGGACAGUGCUGGUGUGGUGGCCAAGCUCUCCCCUGCCAACCAGCGGAAGUGUGAACGUGUCCUGCUGGCCCUGUUCUGCCACGAGCCCUGUCGGCCCCUGCACCAGCUGGCCACCGAUGCCACAUUCUCCCUGGAUCAGCCCGGUGGCACCCUGGACCUGACCCUGAUCCGUGCCCGUCUUCAGGAGAAGUUGUCUCCUCCCUACAGUUCCCCCCAGGAGUUUGCCCAGGAUGUGGGCCGUAUGUUCAAGCAGUUCAACAAGCUGACCGAGGACAAGGCGGACGUGCAGUCCAUCAUCGGCCUGCAGCGCUUCUUUGAGACUCGCAUGAAUGAGGCCUUCGGUGACACCAAGUUCUCAGCUGUGCUGGUGGAGCCCCCACCGCUGAGCCUGCCUGGUGCCAGCCUGAGUGCCCCAGAGCUUUCUGGCGGCCCUGGCGAUGGCCCCUGAGAGCGGGACUCCCCCGGCCGGCCCAGCCUCACUGUUUUCCUGUCCCGUCAGCCCCCUCACCCCUGUCCCUCGGUGGCCCAGCUCCCGCUCCUUGGUGGCUCCACCCCCCAGCCCCUCACAAUAUGGUUUUUACUUCUGUGGAUUUAAUAAAAACUUCACCAGUU